UAUACAUCGAGUGUCAAAAGCACUACGGUGUAACAACAGUUCACUAUAAAACACUCUCGUAGUCAGGUCUAGCCAGCCAUCGGCUGGUAGCUAACACCCUGCUACUUUACAUAACGCUGCGACAUACUCUUCUUGCUACCUAGGGCGAAAAUCUCCAGCAACUAAGCUCCCUGGCCAAUAUUAUGCGUGCAGCCACCCGACGGAUAGGGCGUCGUGAUUUGUCUUAGCCUCUUCCAUAGCUUAUCUACGCGUUGAGGCAGCCCAAGACGCAUGUACCGGCCAACUCUGCUGCAACGGGCUAGGAAGCAGCAACGUGAGUGAACAGUAAUCAGGGUUUCGGGAUCUGCGGAGCAAAAUGAUGCGUGCGUGCGUCGUUUUCGCGUGCACGACGCUGUGCGCCGCGGCGCCGCGGCGCUUUCAGAGCCCGACGGGCGCCUGCGACGUGCCGCCCACAACAGGCGGCCCGCGCGGCUGCCGCGCCGCGGCCGCCGCUGGCAACGGCUGGCGUCGGCACGUCCAGAGAGCGCUUCUCGCGCUUGACGAUGCGGUCGUGGCGUCCGCGAAGACGCCGGUGGAGCUUCGGCCACCUCGUUGCGCGCCAGGCAAAGUCCGAGGCCAGAUACAGCGCCAGGACGGCACGACGAAGGUCGACACGACGACGUCGCGGGAAGGCGCGGGCGCGACCGCUCGGACGCGACUCGCAGCGUUUGCCGAGGAUCCCGUAGACCGCCACGCACGAUCGGCGCUCCGGCGCAUGGACGAUGGCGGAUUGGAACUGGUGAUGGUGGGCGAUUCGUUGAACGCGGAGUCCGUCACGGCGCUCGGGUGCGCGGGCGCGCCCGACGGCUACGACGGCGCCGCGCUGCGGCCGCUGCACGCGCACGUCCCGUUCGACAAGACGCCCUACACGCCUGAACAGUGGACCGUGCCCAAGGAGCGCGGCAAGGUGGAGCGCGACGGUUUGCCGAUCCACGCCGCGGCGGACUGCUGCUCAGCCAAGCCCACCGUAGUCGUCGCUAACAUUGGGAUCUGGUACCAGUGCUGCGAGCAUAACAAGCCCUUGAACGUCAGCACGUAUGCGCGCGACCUCGCGGCCCUCGCGGCAUUCUUAGAAGCCGUAUGCGCAAACUCGCACCACGUUUGUCUCCUCCGCGGCACGACGGCGCAGAGCGCAGCGGCGUCCCCCCGUCGCGCGCGCGCGCGACCGAGCCGAGCCUCGCGGCGGCGCUGCGCCCCACACGCCGACGCGCUCUAAUCCAGAGCAAGCGUUUUGCGCGAGCUCUCUCCCACGCAGGCACUUUUGUACGGAGGACCAGUACUGGCACAACGGCCACAACGCGAGCCGCACGCCCGACAAUUUUGGUCGGUGCGUCGCGCCGGCGCCGGGCAUGCCGUCGGGCUGGCGCGACCGCCAGCUGUGCAACCUGUUCGAGGCAACGUGGCGCCGGACAGAGAACGUCUUCUUCUUUCCGAUGGAACAUUUAUCGAGACCUUUCGUGGAUGCGCAUCCCUACCCCGACUGCACGCACCACACGCUCGCACCGUUCCACUGGGAACCGCUCUGGUGGGCGAUCGAUCUCGCGCUCCGGCAUCGGGUCCCGCCUCUCGAACCGUUCGACGCGAUUGCCGAAAGACGGCGCCUCGAGCGCGUCCCGGGCGUGGUCCUUCCGUAUACGAGCCAGUACCGGCGGUCGCAGUUCCUCCCGGAGCCGGUCGCUGCCCCCCACCCCGCUAGGCACUUCGAGACCGAGCGGACCGAGCGGUCGACCGCUUGUCCGGCCUGCGCUGCAGUUUGUGCCAAGCCCUACGGUGACUGCGCGGCGUGCGAGUCAGCCAAGUGCGGUCGGCAGGCAGUCGCGACCUCGACCGCGCGUCCGCCGCCCGGGGCAUCCGCUCUGGCGCCGCCCGUCGCGCCGGGGCAGCGAUGCCGCGGGCGGGCGGCCGCGACUGGCUCCUGGGUCGCGGCGGCGGACCCGGCGCCGCGGUGGCCGGGCUGCCUGCCGUCGUGCUGCGGCCCGCCGGCCGCCGGCGCCGCGCCGCGCAAGUACGACUGGGUUCCGAGCGCAUGCGAUCUGCCGAUCUUCGACCCGGACCGCUUCUGCGACCUGCUUGGAAACAAAACCUUGUUCCUCGUCGGCGACUCGACGAUGCAUCAGACCGCGGCGUUGCUUGAGAACGCCAUCCAGGGCCGCCAAUGCCUCGACAGGGUCGCCUUCGGCAUGUCGGAUUUCCUCGCGACCACCUCGAGGGCCGAGCGGGGCGCCAGUUGGGACGAUCAUGUCUCGAGGCUGGCACCGGAUAUCGCAAUUCUUAGCACGGGACCGCACUGGGCGGUCCAGUGGUCCGAAGCGUCGUAUGUCGCCGCGCUUCGGAACGUGUCGGCGGGCCUGCGGCGCUUCCCGCGGACGCUUUUUGCGUGGAAAACGCUGAAUCCAGCCGGCUGCGGCACGGCGCCGCUGCCAGGCGGCACAAACGUGUCGGCGUGGCUCCGGUCGCCGGAGGUCCUGGCCACGAACCCGCACUGGCACAAGGAUCAGUAUGUCCAUUACCCUCGCCUCGAUGCGCUCGCGCUCGACGUCUUUUCGGGGCGCGUGCCAGUCAUCGACGUGAGCCCCUUGUACCUGCGGCCCGACUCGCACCAGGGGUCGAGCACGUACGCGCACUCGGCCUGCGCGAAACUCAGCCAGUGUGACUGCCUCCACUUUUGCACCGACGGCACAUCCGCGCUCACACUUGUGCCCGACUUGAUCCUCAACUUCCUGGAAGAUUUGGCUGGGACCCGUGAACGGAGGUCCGGGCGGGCCGACUAAGCUGCACGGGCUCUCGAGUUAUUGACCCGGAUCUCUCUCGGGGUAAGUCUCGGGUGACCAGUGGGGUGAUUCACAGGCAAAUAACGGGUGAAAUUGGACACAACACUUUAGGCCCGCAGCACA